AUGCUCUCAGCAUCAGCCUCCAAUCUUCUGUCCGAUCCUCCGACGGUCCGACCCUCCGACCCCUCGACCCUUGACGAACGGGUCCUAUCGGUCUAUGAGUGUGUCCAUUUUAAUCCGAGCUUCGAUGAAAUUCCCGCACACGAGUCCCCAUCCCAGCCAGACGGAACCGAAACCCAAGGAUUGCACCAGUCACAGUGUGCGGGCUCUUAG